CCUGGCCCACUGACUGGGGAAACAGUACUGGCGCCCCGCUGGUCUGCGUACGCAUAGGAAGCUUUCUUCUGCUUGGACGGAAGACGAGAGCGGAAAGGGGCGAGGAAUGACAUGUCGCAAAUAAUGUGAUCGCCACCCCUCUUCUCUUUUUAGAGGAAGUGCUUGUUCUCCGCCAGGCUGCUUGUUUCCUCCCCUGUUUCUCGCGCCUUCCAUCGAAACAGCCGACCGUAUCUCCCGGGAUUUUGGCUCUUGCCCUCCUGUUGCUGUUGCUGACAGCAGGCCGAGCUGUUUAUCGCCAUCAUCACCGACGUCACCCUUCUCUUUCCCCCUCUUCCUGCUUCGUCUCCCCGCUUCACGCUCGCUUCUUCUCCCCCUCUCCUUCUUGUCACCACGCUCAUUUAACAACCACGCUCGUUUAAACGGCCCACAGGGUCGGUCUGACCGGAUAAUAGUCCCAGAAUCGAAGAAGAAGAAGGAGGAGCCAUGGCAACAAUCCCUGAAGCGCCAUCAACACCAACGAGGGCGGGCAAGCGCAAAUCGCUUAUGGUGGCUGUCUCGCAAAGCGCGCAGAGCAGCACUACGGACCAUGGAGGCUCGAGACCAUUUAGCGGCAGCGGAGCAGGACUCUGGCUCUCCUCGGGCGCCGAAGGUGGGUCUGGGUCGAUGGGAAGGGCGGCCAGCAAGAAGAAGAGCAGCAGGACUGAACAGAUGGUCGACCAUGUCGCCAAUGCGGAUGCCAAAGAUGCUGCUGCGGUCGAGGCUGCGCUUCUAGGGGUCCUGGACAAGGAGAACCAGGCAAGGACACCACGCACAUAUCACAUCUCACCUCGACUGCAGGGUAACGAGCAGGCGGCUAUAAUUCGGAGCAGCGGAUCGGAUGGGAGCGUCGACGACUGGGAAUGGAAGCUGCGAAGCGAGACAAUUAAUGCGUCAGCAAGCGGCGACGUUGACCUCGACCUGAGCUUCGACUUUGCCAGCCAGCUCGAGACGGAGAGACGGAGGCGCGGACAGGAGCCCAAGCUGGUUUUCGACGAGAAGCCAGCCUCGCCUCUGAGCAUCAAAUCCAUCAACGCCUCGCCCGCCGGCAUGGCAUCAGCCAAGUGGACUUCGAGACACCGUAAGGAGCCUCCAGCGCCGCUGCCCCUCUUUUCCAAGCUCAGUAAUCAAAAGGCGAGCGCAAAGGAUCAGAACGUCAAGAGCGCAUUCAGUCCCAUCGAUGAUGCGCCGCUGGCCACGACACCCCUCAGCGCGACGAGACGCGGCGUCGACUCGGGCUUGAAUGCACUCGCCAACAGUAUUACAACGCAAAGUGAUCCACCUGCCGCCUCUCAUCUACCCCUGCAGCCGUCGGCCUCGCAAAGUUCUUCUAUUGUCGACCUCACAUCGGCAAAGGACGCCGACGAAGUCUCCUCAAUUGUCCGACAGCAGCGCCAAGAUGCCAUUGAGCGGCAGCAGCACCAGAGAAAUAAAAACACAAAGGCCAAGUCAAACUCUGUCUCGCCGAAGAAGCUGAAGACGAAGCGAUCGGUUCCCUUUGGCUUUGGCUACAAUGGUGAUGUCGGCGGCGAUGGCGUGGGACAACAAGAAUCUUCAACAGUGUCGCCGAGAAAGGUCAAGAAGAAGGGCUCGGUGACGGCACUCGGCGAGAACAACAACAGACACAACGUCCAAAUGGGUAUGAAAGGAGCCAACGAGGAAGAGGAGGACGGGUACGACUUUCGAAAGCAUCUCAAGAAGCAGCCUAGUGUCGCCUCCUCGAUUGGCGGCGGCGUUGGCACCGGCACCGGCACCGCAGCCAGCUUUGUUACCGCAGAUGGCUCGAUGACUGCUGGCCAUAAAAAGAAUCGGAGCAUGGGUCGAACGAGGGGAAACAGCAUCGCGAGCACCGAUACGUGGAAGACGGCGGAGACGAAGGCAUCCAACGGACAGGAGGAAGGAGGCCCUCUUCCUCCUUUGCCGAGCUUUGCCGGGCAAGGUGGACUGGCACUUGGCCUCUUUGACGGUUCAGAAUCUGCCACCAUGCCCACCGAUCCUCGUCUUUCGUCGUCCACCAGGGUGCUGCUAGAGCCCAUGUCGGCCAAAGGCCACACAAUGCAAGAGAAUUCGAGCAGCCCGGCCAUGCACGGUAGCGAUCUCAGCUCGCCCAUGACGCCCUUCUCGGCCCUCUUCUCAGAGCCUGGCACUGGUCGAGCGCCGGGGAGCGACUUUACCCACGCAACCGCCCCUCCGUCGGAGGCAGCAGGAACACCUGCGUCUCUCGGCUUUACUCGCCUGUGGAACGACGAUGCAAAGCAAAGGCGUGCUUCCCUCGAGCACACUUCCACUGCUAUGGCUCGCGCUGCCACGACUACUUCGGCCACCAAGCAGUCAAGCAGCCUACAGAACAACAUCAUCAGCGAAGAGGAGAGCGUUGACCGCAUGACUGCUUCAGCACCGGCAAAGGCUUUUCUGGUGGACCUGCCCAAAGUCGACACGGAGACCUGGAUCCGACAGCAGAAUGUUCGCACCAACACCGAGGACAGCAAUAGUAACACCAAUGGGAGCGCGACGUCAAGUUCGGAAUCUGACUCGGCAAGGGGAGCAGGACCGAUGAUUCUGGAUACGAAGAGCAGUCCAACGGAAGGUGAACGUUUCUUUGCUACGGCCACCAAUGCUGAAUCGCAGCAGCCUCGUAGUCCGCUCCUACUGAGCCCUUCCCUGGCCGCAACAGUAGCUAUUGCGACGGAUGCCAAGGACUCGACUAGGAAGCGAUUGCCCUCUCAGUUGGGUCCUAUCAAGGACAUGCGUGCCUUCACGAGCCCUGAGCCAUCCGUCUCCCCAACUGCCAUUGGAUUGGGCCUCGACUUUGGCGGCAACGACGAAAAUGACAAAGGAGUCAGGCGUUCCAAGAGCUUCCAGUUCAUCCAAGAUGACAAUGUCAUCGUCGAGCGUGCCCAGGUUGAUGUGCCGGCCUCCGUUUCAGUCCUACUGGACGGAACGUCGCCCGCACCGAGGUUGAGCACGUCAAGCAAGGGCCCGGGUAGCGUCAAGCUCAACGUCAUGUCGAACGUCGACAAGAACACGACGUCGGCAGUCCUCUCGUCGCCCAGCUUCUCUUCGAGCUUGGAUGCUUUCUCCUUCAACGCAACUCCCCUGUCGCACACCAUUCGUCUUCCUUCGGCUGAAGAGCUCCCUCAGCAAACCAAUCCGCGAUCGCAGCCAGCAGAAGCACAAACGGUCACAGAAGAUCUUUUGUCCCCAGAUCCGGCAGAUGAAGGCGGCGCCAGUCGAAGUCGGUGGAGCUCUAGGCUGUGGAGUGCUGCAAAGGGCUUCGCCACUGGCGGAGAUUAUGCGGGCGUUCUCGACAAGACGGAGCGCGGUAACUCUCCCUCGCCUCCUAUGCGCCCGCUCACCCUACUCAACACCCGACCUCUCAGCGAUGGCAAGCGAAGCCACCAGAGAUCCAGGUCACACGACGGCAGCCGCGAGCAGACGCAGCAGCAGACGCAAUCGAGGAAGAAAAAGCAGUCGACUCUCGGACCUCACAAUGUUGUCGAUCUUGGAUCUGUGUCUGCUCCCACAUCGGCUAUCUUGCCUCCCUCGCCCUUAUUCCAGUCCUUUGGCAUUAGUCACGAUGAUGAACCAGAGAGCACGCCUCGUUCGCCUGCACCUGCAGCCCUGGCUAACGACGACAAGGUCGACUCUCGAUCCAAGGCUAGCCGAAAUGUAAAGAGACACUCGAGGAUUCGCUAUCUCCCUAGCGGCCUAGAGGUCCGACUUGAGCCAACGGCCCAAAGUGACCCUACGUCGCCUCGUAGUCCGUCGGCGGCUUUUACACCCAAGCUGGCGGAUCUCAUGCGAGAAGAGGAGCAGUCGUUUGCCUCGCCAAGCAGCAGGAGAAGCUCGUGGCGCGGUCCAGGAGGCCAGCCAAGAGGUGGAAGCAGGUUGCCAUACGUCCCCUCUCCUACACCAGGCGAUGAAGAUGCUGGUCUGCUAGACUCACCUUCAGUGGACUACGCUGCCAGGAGGCAGAGCUCGCCAGUCAUUGGAUCGCCUUGGCUCGGCUUCGAAGAUGAGGAAGAACAAGACAGGGCAGCUCAAGACGAAGACGAAGAGACACGUCGGAGGCGGGUCGAAGAAGAGCUCAAGACGGCGAGAGAGAGAUUGUUGGCGGGCCAAGCGAGCCCAUUCCCCAACCCGCACCUUGAUACAGCUGCACAUCGUCAGAAGCUUCUCAGAAAUCGGUCUAUCAUGUCCACUUCCACAGUCAGGCAUCGUCGAGCAGCGACCGAGACCCUUUCGCCACCAACUGCCACCGUUGCUCCGCUCUCCUGGACCUCUUCCAGGCAGGGUGGAGAGGCUUCGACACCAUCCGCACGUGUCUGGCUUCACAAACCUUCAAGCCCCGAGUCGCCCUCUCAAUUUGAUGUCUAUGGUCGGUCGCGCGGCCAUCAAAAGAAAAACGCCAUAGACAUUGGCCAUCAGAAUGGUCACGGCGGGUUGAAGAACAAAGUGGGCAAUCCCAUGGUCGUCUUUGUCCCCACGUCGGCCAUUGAGAACCAUCUACUUCGGAUGACGGGCUCGCACGCGCAAGCUGACGAGCGCAAAAGGAAACGCAUGGUCCGGAGAAAGGUUCUCACGCACCACUGGUGGUCUUCGGUCCUUCCCUCGAACACGCUGAUGAACACCUCGGCUGCGAAGAAGCGCCAGUCGACAUGGUCUGAAUACGGCGAGGGUCUUCUCAAGUCCAGCAAGGCGGUGUUCCACGAUGGCAGACCAAGCAGAUCCAUGUUCCUCCUUGGCUUCAUGGGCAUGCCGUGGCUCUGGCUGAUUGGCGGAUGGUACCUGGACCAAUGGGGAGAAUGGCCGCAACCGAUGGAGCCUCUGCUCCUGCCGGAGGACUACAUGAUUGUGAAAGGCCUUCCUCCGGCUCCUUCGAAAGAGCUUCCGCUGGUGCAAUGGCAGGCGAAGGCACGGCCGGAAGAGGAGGACGAGCAGUCUUUAAUGCCGCGGACGCCUCAAAAUCCUCGGCAGCCAGAUCAGUCGGAAUCGACUCUUUCACCUCCCUCGCCUGUCUCCAAACAGCCAGUCUCGCGUUUCGACGAUGACGAGGAUGAGCAGGGCGACGCGAUCGUGUCGCGGGGGCCAAUGAGGAAUGAUCAACCUUUUUCGCCCAAAUUUCUUCUGCGAAAUCGCUUCUCAAAUGUCUUUCGAAGCGGUGACGCAUCCCACGGCCGCUUUCAAAGUGGUGGAAGACUUGACGUUCAACGAGAUAAGAUCCCUUCGACCCGACAACGCAAAAUCAAUCAGCAGAACCAAAUCAAGCCCGAGCAACGACCCAUCACCGUGCAACUCAACUAUUACCUCGCGAAUCCUGCGAAGUUGUACGACGCUUUCGAGGAUUCCGUCUAUCAAUCUACCUGCCAGAUUGUCGCAGGCUGCCAGCAGACGGUGUCCAACUGCCAAAAGCUCGACCCAUUCGUCCUCGCCAACAGGAUCUUGGGACUGGGCAGCAUGGUCAUUGCGUUUGCGCUCAUGGCUUGGGCCAUCUACGAAGUCGUUCAGCGCUAUUAGAAUCUUUCUUUUUGUGGUCUUCUUGCUGCUUUGGAGGCGCCGAGCGAGAACAAAGAGCCGAUUUCGCUCUUUGUUUUGACGUACUUUUCUCUCCUUUGAGCAUCUCAAAGCCGCUCUUGCAUUUCGCUUUCACCCUUCUUUCCCCUCUUUUCCCCAGUCCCUCUUGGCUUGUCUUUUGUCUGUGAAGAUAUCCUCUCAUUACUAUUACACACUCUUUUGCAGCAGUUCUCUAAAUCUAAUCGUAUGUACACAA